AUGAGAGAAGAACAACUUAACUCUGAAAUUUUCAAUUCUGAUAUAAAACAUCACAGAGCAGUAAUCUAUUCAGAACUUGACUUUAUGCUCAAAGAAUUUGUACUAAUUUACCAGAAUAAAAUGAUUUUAAGUGAUGCUUUGCUUGUUGAAAAAGCUAAGAAAGAAGUUAUUGCUAAAACAAUUCAUAAUUGUUGGCGCUACACUAAAAUUUUUUCAGCAGAUAUCAAUACUAAUUUACAAAACCUUUCUGAUGAUAUGGAUUUAGAGCUUGAUAAGCUUGAUGAUUUUGCUAAUACACUUGAAGCCCUUUAUCCUUAUCUUACUUACCCAAUACAAGUUAAAGAAUUCUUAUCUAUUCCCAAUGAAGAUAUUGUUUACGAAGUUCCUGAUGAUGAUCAAGUUACUACAGAUCUUGUUAACACAUUUA